GGUCCCGAGAAGUGACGUCACACGAGACUGUCUAGCGGGCACCGGACGUGUAUUAGGGAGGGUGUUAUUUUAAGUGUGCUAGGGGGAGGAAGCAGCCAACGAGCAGGUAUACCAUGGACAAGCAACAGAAUGACCAGUUUAAGAACAGAAUGGGCGUCUUUAAGAACAAGGGGAAGGACCAGGAUGAAAUGCGAAGAAGAAGAACAGAAGUCACAGUUGAACUUAGGAAGAACAAAAGAGAGGAGACUUUCUUAAAACGAAGAAAUGUACCAACCACAGACUCAACAACAGAACCGGUAGGCUUGCUUGAGGGGCCUGGAUGGUGUUCGGCCCCAGCCCAUCAUGGCGCAGAUGAUGAUGACGCGGACAAGCAGCUCACGGCAGCCAACCUAGCCCUUAUUGUGGAGAACGCAGCCAGUGAAGACCAGAUGGUGCAGUUGACGGCAGUUCAAGCGGCCCGCAAGCUCCUCUCGUCAGACAGAAAUCCACCAAUAGAUGACCUUAUCCAGUCUGGCAUUCUUCCUAUUCUUGUGAAAUGCUUAGAAGGCACAGACAACCCGUCACUGCAGUUUGAAGCAGCGUGGGCCCUCACCAACAUCGCGUCAGGCACCUCCCGGCAAACGCAAGCAGUGGUCCACGCGGGAGCAGUUCCGUUGUUCCUUAAGCUCUUACACUCCUCCAGCCAAAACGUUUGUGAACAAGCUGUUUGGGCAUUAGGAAAUAUAAUUGGUGACGGCCCACAACUCAGAGACUACGUAAUAUCUCUGGGUGUCGUCCAGCCUCUACUUAGCUUCAUAAACCCUGAAAUACCCAUUGGCUUCCUACGGAAUGUUACUUGGGUCGUCGUCAACCUGUGCCGGAACAAGGAACCUCCACCACCCCAGCAGACUAUAAAGGAAAUACUGCCGGCCCUCAACAUCCUCAUACAUCACCAAGACACUUCGAUACUUGUGGACACUGUUUGGGCUCUGAGUUACCUGACGGAUGGAGGAAAUACAAACAUCCAGCUGGUCAUAGACAGCGGGGUGGUGCCUAAGCUCAUUCCUCUCCUCUCCCACAAAGAAGUGAAGGUUCAAACAGCUGCUCUGAGAGCAGUGGGCAACAUUGUCACAGGGACGGAUGACCAGACCCAAGUUGUUCUCAACUGUGGUGCUUUGUUCCACUUCCCGGCCCUCCUCACGCACCAGAAGGAGAAGAUCAACAAGGAAGCUGUUUGGUUUCUCAGCAAUAUCACGGCUGGCAACAAGCAACAGGUUCAGGCAGUGAUUGAUGCUGGUCUCAUUCCCAUGAUUAUAAACCAGUUAACCAAAGGAGAAUUUCAGACACAGAAGGAAGCAGCUUGGGCCAUCAGCAACCUCACAAUCUCUGGAAGUAAACAGCAGGUGGCCUAUCUUGUGGGUGAAGGUGUAAUCCCGCCCUUCUGCAACCUAUUGACCUGUAAAGACAUUCAGGUCAUUCAGGUUGUCUUGGACGGCAUUUCUAACAUCCUCAACAGGGCGGGUGAAGAAGUGGAGUUGGUAGCAAACAUGAUUGAGGAGUGUGGGGGCUUAGAUAAAAUUGAAUUUCUUCAGAACCAUGAAAAUGUAGAUAUAUAUAAACUGGCCUACAGUAUAAUUGAGAGGUACUUCUCAGAGGAUGAAACAGAAGAUCCUAGCUUAGUUCCUGAGUCAACUGAAACGGAGUACGCAUUUGACAACAACAGCACCAGUGAAGGAGGCUUUCGCUUUUAGUAACUGUUGGUAUAUAGGUAUAUUAAAAUUUACCAAAUAAUUCAUAUAAUGACUGGUAGAUGAAACUUAAAUAGUUGUAUUUUUAAUAAUGAAGUUAGAAUGGUAUUGUUUAAAAGUGUUAUAUUCACACUUAACACAUCUGGAUACAAGGUUACACAUCAUUGUUAUUAAUCCAUCACUGUUGAUAUUUCUGUACAUGACCACAUGUAUGGGAUGAAUAGCUGUAAAUCAGUAACAAUAAAUUGGGCUGAGCUAUUCAUUUUUUAUAAGUUGUUUUUAUAGACUUUGUAAAUCACUGUCAGAAAAAUUGAAUGGCUUGAAUGGGAGGUAAAUUUGUUUGGUAUUGGUGUUUGUUUUAAGGGAACACUUGCAAAUACUUCAUAUAAGUCAUAGGAAUGCUUUCAAUAUACAGCCGACCCUCAAAUAGUACGGUUUCCGAUAGUCCGGCUUCGGUUGUAUACGGAGUGUCAUGGAAGAUUCUUUAGGAUUUUAAAAUUUCCCGACGAGGUGGAAAUUUUAAAAUCCUAAAUCCGAAACUGAACUAUUGAAAACCGUACUAUUUGAGGGUCGACUGUAGUAAAACAUGGCAGCACUUGCAGAGAGAGAGUUAUCACCUAGGGACUGAUAUGAAUUGCAAAAACAGAAAAGACUUUUGUCCUCAUUAGAAAAAGAAAAAAUUGGCCCAGUUAUAAAUGUUACAUCAGAAUACAUUUAAGGCUGGUAUGCUUAGACGCUUCCUUCCAUUACAUCAGUCACUUCUAAAAGCCAAACAGGAGGUUAAUCGCGUCCCCCAUGAGCGUUUCUUUAGGUUCAAGGUACGGAAUAAGGUCCGUAUCACAAGACAUCGCCGCCCAAGAACACCUAUUUGACAAGGCUUUCGUAGGAGUUGUGGUCAUUUCCAGGGGUAGUUUUAUGACCCUGGUGGUAGUGUGAGUCUCCUUCUGUACCAUGAACCUGAAGAAACACUCAUUACUAAGACAUAUCGCCGCCCAAGAACACCUAUUUGACAAGGCUUUCGUAGGAGUUGUGGUCAUUUCCAGGGGUAGUUUUAUGACCCUGGUGGUAGUGUGAGUCUCCUUCUGUACCAUGAACCUGAAGAAACACUCAUUACUAAGACAUCGCCACCCAAGAACACCUAUUUGACAAGGCUUUCGUAGGAGUUGUGGGCAUUUCCAGGGGUAGUUUUAUGACCCUGGUGGUAGUGUGAGUCUCCUUCUGUACCAUGAACCUGAAGAAACACUCAUUACUAAGACAUAUCGCCGCCCAAGAACACCUAUUUGACAAGGCUUUCGUAGGAGUUGUGGUCAUUUCCAGGGGUAGUUUUAUGACCCUGGUGGUAGUGUGAGUCUCCUUCUGUACCAUGAACCUGAAGAAACACUCAUUACUAAGACAUAUCACCACCCAAGAACACCUAUUUGACAAGGCUUUCGUAGGAGUUGUGGUCAUUUCCAGGGGUAGUUUUAUGACCCUGGUGGUAGUGUGAGUCUUCUUCUGUACCAUGAACCUGAAGAAACACUCACUAGAACCCGACUGACCUGCUAUUUGACCUUUAGAAAUGGGUGAUGUGAGAAGCGAGUGUCUUAUUGUAGCAACCUAAGGGUCACACUACCACCAGGGUCAUGAAACUACCCCCUGGAAAUGCCCACAAAUCCUACGAAAGCCUUGUCGAAAUGUGUGUUCCCGGGCGGCGAAAUGUCCAAGCAUACUGCCCUUAAAAUCAGAUGAUGGUAACACUGUUGAACUCAAUAAUCAUUUGGGCUUUGGAAGUACUAUUACAUAUAGCUCACACCCAGUCAGUUGCUAAUUGUAUAUACAGAAUUGAUAUAAGUAUGACUGAAGCAGUAAGAGUCCAAAAAGUUGUUAAAACUGUUAUGACACCUCAAUGUCUUGCCUGAAAGGACCUUAUUAAGAUGCAGUAUAUUUCAGGCAAAUGAGAACUCUUGGCUUCAUAUUUUUAUCCGUUUUUCCACUGAAUGUUUCACGAAUUCCAAUUGUUUUGUUGUUUGAUAUGCUCCCCCUCCUCUUUUUAACACAUUAUAUUAGUGUGUGUGAGUGAGUGUAUGUGUGAGUGUAUGUGUGUGUGUGUGAGUGUAUGUGGGUGCAUGGAUUCACGAGGUUGCAUUUAUGUUUGAGGCCUGAGUUAUGUAAGAGUUUUAUCCCUGUUCUGUGUAUUAAGUUUUCCCCUUUCUUUCUAAGAAGAAUAUUGGAAACUUGU